CAACUGAAGAGGUUUUUUUCGAAAUUGAGAUAGCGAUUGAUUCAGACAGUAGAUAGCAUCAAAGUUAGUUCCUAAAAUUUUGAGAUUUUAGAAAAGCGUAUUUAUAUUAGAAAAAGUAAUUUGAAAGUGGAAAAAAUAACGAGAUUUGAAAAUCAGCUUCCAUGGCCGAAACCGGAAGUGACGUCUUGUAAUGGACUGAGAAAAUGUAAAUAAAAAUAGACAUGGCUGGAUACGUUAUUGAUAGCGAUUCAGAUGAUAUACUUAUCUAAAUCUAGCUGUCAAACAAUUUUAAAUGAUACUUAUCAUGGAAUGCACCAAAAUGCCCUGAAGAUAACUCUUCUACUUUUUCUAAAUAUAUUAUAGAGCAGACUAUUUAAUUAAUAUAAUUAUUAUUGAUAGAUUAAUAGAUAGGACAAUAGGCAAUAGGACUAGUCUGACUAGACUACUGGGCUGACUACUCACUUGUCACUAGUACUUAGACUACUAGGCCAGGGGCGUAGACAGUCACUUAUGACUAGAUCUAGAUAGUAGUAGAUUCUAGAUCUACUAUAAAUUAUAAUAAUAAACUAUACUAGUAUACUAUAAGUCUAUUUUAAUUUUUAUUAUAACAAAACUAAAUGGAUAGAUCUAUCUAUCUCACUCUAGAUCUAAUUCUAGCUAGGCCUUCUUUAGCCUUCUUUACACUUUUACUAGUCACUCACUAGAUCUAAAUCUAGACUAGUUUAUAUAAUAAUAAAUAAUACUUGACUUUGAUUUGUAGUAAUACUAAUAGAGUUUAAUACUUAUACUAGAGACACUAGAGUAAUAGUUUAUAAACUAGUAGAUUUAAGUAGAUCUAGAGUAAUCUAGACUAGCCUCUAUCUAUGUUAAGUCUAAGCCCAGUUGCCAACAUUUUUUAAUGCUUGAAUUUGUAUAUCUCUGUAAUAGUACUAGAUCUAAUUGUAAGAGAUAUAGUAAGACCUAAUGAGUAGUGUCCUAGCAUAAAGAUUAUUCAUAGAUAUAAAUAACUAUAAUAUUAUAUUAGUCAAGGACUAAACCUAAAGCCUAAGCUAAAUCUAUAUAGAAUAUAUUUAUAAAAGAUCUAAAGAAUUCUAAUAUAGCCCUCUACUAGCCCUUACUAUACUUAUUAAUAAGGCUAGACUUUAGAUCUAAAAAAUAAUAAGUCAUCAUUUAUAUUGGUAAUAUUAAAUAUGUGACAUGUCUUUAAGUCUUAAACUUAAACAGGGUCGGUCCUAACGAUUGCGGGGCCUUAUGUGAAACUGAUUGCGCAGGGCCUAGUCUGGGUGGGAAUAAGGAUAAUAAGUGGAAAUUAAGCUUUUGUAUUUUUUUUAAAUUUGACUUUGAAUUUUAUUCAAUCUUUACUAAGUACAAGAUUACGAUCAAAUUCACUUUACUUUACGAACUUUGCAACCUAUGGCAUAUUAAUAUGCCAGUCACUAUUAAAGUAAAUAAAGUAUGAGAUUUCCAGGUUUUAUAUAUACCGGUAUAUAUAUAUAUAUUGCAAUUUAACAAUUACACCUAGAAUUAGCGUGGGGCCUAUGAAAGUGCAGGGUCCACUGCGACCGCAUAGGUUGCAAUGGCUUAAGACCGGCCCUAGUCUUAAAUAUAUUAUAUUGCCUAGAGCUAGAUUGGAGUAAUUUAUUAUUAUUAAGAACAAUAAGAGUUAGAUGUUAAUGUUAGAUCAGAUAAUCAGUAUAACAUAUAAUAUAUAUAUAUAUAACCACUAGUUCUAUAUAUAUGUAUACAUAAUUAAGUAUAAAUGUUAAUAAAUACAUUUUUAAAAAUCUAUUUUACAGAAAACAUAUGACAUGUGGCAUACAGACAAGUUUACUAGAUGGAUCUUUCAUCAUUUUGGAAAUACAAGAAGAGUUAAUAUUCCCUGUUUCUAUUGUGAAACAAAUCACAGAAACAUUCUACAAUUUUAUUUUAUAUAAUAAAUACCAAUAAAUAAUUUUAAAUGACAAAAACAUGACCAACGAGGCUUCUCCUGUAGUCUCCUUGCAGACUGCACUAGAAAAUGUGGACAAUCUUCACAGCACUUCUCCGCAUGACCAACAGCCUUGUAUCGAAGCACUGUCUCUAUCUCUUCAUUUCCGUGCAAUAUUUGACACCAACUUUGAAGAUAAAAAUGCAUUUGUUACCAGUGUGGCCAAGUAUAAAGAGCAAGCCUCUGGUCAGGCAGAAUUGAACUUGCUACUUGAAGAAGGGGAGAUCUAUGCAGUUAUGCUGUAUACAUGGCGAUGCUGUUCACGUACUGUCCCACAGGUAAAGUCAAACAGCCAAGAAAACAGGGAAGAAAUUUAUCGUCAGACUGUGGAAGUACUGCAACCACUGAUUGAUAAAUUAUUUCAGUUCAUGGCGUUUCAGACAAAAGCAAUAGACUUGUUCUGUGAAGAAAUCAAGAAGUUAUGUCUAGUGGCUAAAAAUGGGUUUAUUUCGGAAGCAUAUCUUCUGACCCUAGGCAAACUGCUGAACAUGUUUGCCGUAUUGAACGAGCUUACCAACAUGAAAUCAAGUGUAAACAAUGAUUUCUCUGUAUACAAACGCGCUGCCCAGUUUCUGAGUCCAACAUCAGAUCAACGAGAGUUCCAGAUGGCGUCAAUGAAUUUAGCAACACAGAAUAAGAUUAGAGACACCCUCAAGUCAAAGCUGGCCACUAUACAGGGUUUUGAAGAAAUUUUAGCAGAAGUUGUGAACAUCUGUGUCAUGAUGUAUGAGAGAGACAUGUACCUUGAACCAAAUGAGAAACACAUGCUGGUUAAAGUGAUGGCUUUUGGACUUUUUAUGAUGGACUCACCUCCUAGUGGACCAAAUAUUUAUCGCAUGCACGAGAAAAAGAAAAUAAAUUUGUCCAAAAUUGAUAAAAUUCUGAAACAACUUGAAAUGGUUCCACUCUAUGGUGACAUGAUGAUUGCACCUUAUGCUUUCAUCAAGAAUGGUCCCAACUUUGAUGCUUCUAAAUGGCCAUCUUGUGAGUCCAGCCACCCGAGCCCACAAUCCAACAUACUAGGCAGCCUGGAACAGAUACGACAGACACACAUGCAGUAUGUCAGUCAAUUGGCCAGAAUAACUAACCAGGCAGCAACCUUGUCUCCGGGCUCAGUGAAGUCUGAUGUAGAAAACAAAGAACUAGCAGACUUAGCAUUGAAAGGUCUGACCUUGAUGUCCAAAUGGACACAGCAAGUCAUGGAACUGGUAUCAUGGAAACUCAUGAAUCCAACUAAACCUGAAAACAACAAAGAAUGUCCUAAAGAAGCAGAGGAAUACGAGAGAGCCACUCGAUACAAUUACACAACUGAGGAGAAGUUUGCUAUUGUAGAGAUCAUUGCCAUGAUAAAAGGUCUCCAGCUCUUGAUGGCACGCAUGGAAACACUUUUCACCACGGCCAUCAGGGGCCAUAUUUAUUCUGAGCUCCAGAUGUUUGUGCAAAUCUUCCUGAGGGAACCGCUGCGUAAGGCUGUCAGCAAGAAGAAAGACAUUUUGAAAUUCAUCAUCAUGUCAAUUAGAGAGACUUGUAGUGACUGGUAUGAUGACACUGAACCCAGAAAUGAUCCAGCACUUGCUGGAAAGAAAGAUCCUCCAGACGGCUUUCAGAUUAAAGUGAAACGCAGGAAUGUUGGACCAUCAUCAACGCAGUUAUACAUGGUGCGUACAAUGCUGGAGUCUCUGAUCGAUGAAAGAAGUGGUGCCAAGAAAAAUUUGCGAAAAGAUCAUGUAGCCCCUAUUGAGGAAUUCCAUAGGAAAUCUUUUUUCUGGAACUAUCUCCUGAAUUACAAUACAUCUUUAUUUAAUUGUGGUGACCUGUCCCAGUUAUGGUACAGAGAGUUUUUCCUGGAAAUGACCAUGGGCAGACGUAUCCAGUUUCCUAUUGAGAUGUCCAUGCCUUGGCUACUUACUGACCACAUACUUGAGACACAAGAGGCUUCAAUGAUGGAGUACAUUUUCUACCCACUGGAUCUGUACAAUGACAGUGCUCAGUACGCUCUGAUGAGGUUUAAGAAACGUUUUUUAUAUGAUGAAGUUGAGGCAGAGUUAAAUCUGUGUUUUGACCAGUUGGUUUAUAAACUCAGCAACCAAAUCUUUGCUUACUUCAAGCAUCUGGCUGGCUGUUUAAUGUUGGACAGGAAGUUUCGUACAGAAUGUAACUCUCAUGGGAUCAAAAUCAACUUCCCAGUACCAAACAGAUAUCAGACACUGCUGAAACAAAGACACAUUCAGCUCCUGGGACGCUCCAUUGAUUUAAAUAGUCUGAUUAGUUCAAGAGUCAAUGAACUGAUGUUAAAAUCAUUGGAAACAGCCAUUACCAGGUUUGAAGAAGUGGAAGACUUAACUGCAAUACUGGAGCUUGAAGGUCUGAUAGAAGUAAACAGACAUACCUAUAAGCUACUCAGUGAAUAUCUUGUGCUGAAUGACUUUGAUGCCAUGUUUAAAGAGGCCAACAACAAUGUGACUGCCCCCCAUGGAAGGAUAACUCUGCGUGUCUUUUGGCUGCUGAAUAUUGACUUCCUGCCCAACUAUUGCUACAACUCAUCUACCAAUAGGUUUGUUAAAAGCAUCCUUAAAAGACUAUCUGGAGACAGGAAAGACAAGCCACCAAAUUUCCCUGCUCAAUUUGUUUGGGGGUCCAAGGACUUGAACAGAUCGUUCAGUACAAUCUACAGCUUAUAUUCUGGUUUCAUUGGAACUCCACAUUUUCGCAGCAUCAGUAAACUAUUGAACUACCAAGGCAUUGCCAUUGUGGUUGAAGAGCUGUUGAAAACCAUUGGAGUUUCUUUAAGUGAGACAAUGCUCAAUGAUGUAGAGAUCCUGAUAGAUGCUCUGCCACCUGUCUGUAAACUGCCUUGGUUCAGUUAUGGCUCUCCUGGUGUCUUUGGUUUCUAUAAACUGAAUCUGGAAAGUUUCAUGCAGAUUCCAAAUUUAAAAACUGACGUCUUUGAAAGUUUUACAAUUAUUGGAAACACAGUUAUAUUUUGUUUACUGCUGGAACAAGCAAUGAAUCAUGAAGAAAUCAGAGACCUCAACCAAGCAGCACCAUUUUUAAAUAUUUUCCCUCGACCAUAUGUGCCAAAAGAGCCAAAAGAUGGUGGCAUGACUCUUGAAGAAGCAGUAGAGCAGCAGAAAUUAAAGUACGCUCCCUUUCAUGCUGCUGCCAUUAUUGAAAAACAAGGCACAAAAGAGCAGAAACUGUUGAUCAGAGAAGCAGAGGAGAUAACUAGCAAAAGGUUCUGCACUAUGGGCUCCAUGUUUGACAAUGUCCUGCAGAGAAUUCAGACUUUCUUAACCAACAAGGUGUGGCAUGGUGGACCUCCAUCCAAUGGGGUGAUGAAUGUAGAUGCCUGCAAUGAGUUUCACCGCCUCUGGUCAGCUAUUCAGUGGGUUUACUGUAUUCCAGGGAGAGAAAAUGAAUUUACUGUUGAAGAAAUGUUUGGUGAAGGCCUUAACUGGGCUGGCUGUGUACUUAUCACUCUAUUAGGCCAACAGCGUCGGUUUGAGGCUUUAGACUUCAGUUAUCAUUUGCUCAAAGUGAACAGACAUGACAUGAAGGAUGACCCAGUCACUAAUCUUAAAAAGAUGGUGGACAGAAUAAGAAAAUUCCAGAUUUUAAACAACCAAAUUUUCGCUGUACUCAACCUCCAUUUAACGCCAGAUGGAAACUCUAGAGUUCUACUGCCUCUUGAUCAAGUUCAGCGCUUCCAGCCUCCUGUUCCACCAAGGAUGCAGUCCAAGGCUUGAACAUAAACUUGUGUUGUUAAAAAUCCUGUUUUAGAUCUUGUCUUCAUUCAGGGAUAGACAUUUAAGCAUUUUAGGAACCCUUCUUUAGAAUCUCAGCUUUCUCUUGAAUGUACGGUAUUCAUUGUGGUCAUACAUUAUAGUUGGUUGUUUUUAUUGUAUACUUUUUAGGACUACACAUUUUUUACCUAUUUGACUUUUUGUUUACAACUGAACUUGUUUUACUCUAAAAUUAAACAUAAUAAUCCUUUUACAAAAUGGUGAAAUUAAUUUCUUAUAAUUUCAUCUUCAUAGUUUGUUUUUUUUCACAUUUAUAUUUUGGUGAUUUGUUUGCCAUUUUGAAUGUUGUUUAAAUCACAUGAUUUACAACCAUGCAACUUACGAAAACUCGCAGAUUUUUAUUAAACUUUUGAUAAAAUGUAAAAAUUUAGCAUAAUAAUAUCAUCAGUAUUAAUGAAUAGUUACCUGUAUUGAUAAUAACACAAUUUUAUUUUCUAGUUCUUAAACUUUUGGUGGAAGUUGUUUUCUUACAGUUGUUUCCUUCAAUUAAUUUAAUUUCAUAAUUUUUCAUUGCUUAUUUUAGUUAUAAAAAAUGAGACUCUUCAUUUUUCCUCAUUUCCAGAGGAUAGUACUUCGAGUUAAACAAUACAUAAAAUAAACCUUAAAAUCUUGUCUAACCAGAGUAGAAGCGUAGACCAUUUCCCGUUUGCAAGUCUCAAGCUUCAAUAUUGUAGACUAUUUAGGCCCUACCUCAUCAGAUGAGUUUAAACUUCACAUUCAAUAGAAGCAGAUAAUGAUCUUAAGCUUUUCUCAACUAAAAAAAAAGCCUUUUUAAUAGAAUAAAAAGUUGAAAUUCAAAUAAAUUGUUUCCUUUCUUUUUAAAAAUGUGAACUUAUUAUCUAAUAAAUACUGCACUUUACAUUGACUUACAAUAUUUAUAUUGUUAAUAUUAUAAAUAUUAUUUAUAUCUUAUAUUAAUUUUUUAAACAGAAUUUUGUAUAUUAUAGAUUAUUUUAUAGCUUUUUUUU